UCUAUCGCUCGACAAGAAAAUGGCGGUCUUGCUAAUUUUCCUCGUCCUCUCCACACCAGCGGUGCUAGCGCAGUUCUCCAUCCAGGGAUGCCCCAUGUGGGGGUGCAGCUCCCAGGGUACCUUCUCUAUAUUAAUGGACAGUCCCCCGAUGGAGGACGUGUCCGUGUUAUGGCAGAGGGAGUCUACCGGGGAGGGGAGGGAGCUCCCCCCGCCACAAGGCUGUGCCUCGGACGGUGACAACGCCGUGUGCCUCGUACCCGGUACUACCUCAAAUGAGGUAGGCUUGGAGGCGUCUACCGGUGCCCUGUGGUUCACAGAUAAAGAACUCCGUGACCCUACCGUGCCUGUCAUAGCGCUGGGCGGUUCGACCUUCUCCAUGGACAAGGCACACUUACAGUGCCGACUGCCCAACGGGACCAUGUGUGGUACAUCCAUUCCACUCAAGGACUUCCCCGGAGUUUACAACCUGGUUGUUUCUGAUGACGGAUUUCUGCUGAUAACCGUUCCCGUCUGGGGGCUUCUCGUCGUUUACCUAACAGCUGGUAUACCCCACGCCUCCAUUUACCUGGACCAGACAGUGGCCGGUGUGAACGGCACGUUCCUGCCUGUAGCACAGCCUGUCAUCGACGGACAGCGGGCGUACUUCCUCACCAAGUUCGGCCCCUCACACUGGGAGAAACCGUCGCCCAAACCGUACCCGCUAGAGUACCGUGUGUACCGGGUGGACCUGACGACUCAGAUGGCGCCUCGGAUGGUCAUCCGCUGGUACUACCCUCUCGUACCCAACAGCCAGGGCCGUCUCGUCCCCAGGGAUCCAGUCAUCGUCGACUCCAACUACAGCGGUGAUACUAGUAGUGAUGAUACUGUUGAUAGUAGUAGUACUCACGAUGAUAUUGAUAGUAUAAACUGGGAAUGGACACCCAGUCUUGGCAAUGAUGAGCAGGUAGACCGUAGAAAGUUGUUUAGAAGUGAGUCUGUAAGUAGCAAGAAGGGGACAGGCAGUUCACAACCUAAGAAGGUGGAUGAACAGAAUAUGGUCGACACCUUCUGGAAUGAUAUCAAACAGGUUUUGGAUGAUCGUAAAGGAGGAGAUAGUAAAAGUAAUCAAAAGGACGGUAAGCAGGAAAGUAAGGAGUCAUUCGAUAAACAAAGCCACGAACCGCCCCAAAACGAUCCAUUUAAUAUCUAUCACAACCUAUUGCUGGCAGACAAUGGGCGUAUCUAUGUCAGUUUCGUAGCUAAGGACUUGGGAAACGAGCAGCGUGUCCUGCCGCAGUUGUUUCUUUUCGAAGAAAGUCCCAAACAAGGAGACCCUCCAACGGUUGUGAAAACCAUUUCCGAUUCUGUUGCGUCUCUUGCAAUGCGCCAAGAAAUAAGUUUCCAAAACACCGUAGAAUGCACGAAGGUUUCUAAACAGGAAAAGAAAUCUACCAAAGACAAGCUCUCUGACCCCCUUUCGGAUUCUGAAGAUAAAAGAUACCUUUGGUCACUCAUGGGCCAAGAUGUGCUCGUUGCUUUGGACCCAGAUGACUUGUUCUACGCUCGAUGGGGAAAUCUUUCAGAACUAAUUGGCACAAAGUUGAACGUGACUUCCAAGAUCAUGGUCCUCUGGUCAGGAGGUUCGAGCUCUGAGGCGAAAGAAAUUCUGGUAUUUGGCGUUUCUUUCGAAAGUCCUCCUAUUUGGAAGACAAUGAAAUCAGGCCAGAAUAACUCGUCGGAAAACAGAAAGUUGGAGACGGAUGCUUUGAAUUACGUUGUUGCUUUCGAUCAAUAUCUAAGCCCCCUGUGGAAGUUAGCCGUACCAGACGAUAGCCCAGUGGUUGGACAAAUGGCGGGUUAUUCUGGUCCCUCAGACAACGGUAUAGUCAUCGCUACUACUGCUAAGGGAACAGUCUUUGCCAUUAAGGGUUAGUUGCACAGCACUGGGACUAACAAAAAGUAGUUUGUCUUAAUACAGGCCCACGAAGCGAGGCUAUAAUUGCUUGUUUUACAUACGAGACAAGUCAUCUCUGUUGUUCACUGUAUGUUGUGGUUUAAGAAUCUAUCUUUUUUAAUUAGCCUGCAUUCAACCUGGCAUAGAUCAUAUUAGUGGUCUGGUGCCGUGUCAAAGUAGAUGGUAAACAUUUCAAGAAACCCCGUAAAUAAUUUCAUCAGGUUGGUAAACGAAUGGAUAGCAAAGUUCUUUGAUCACAACCAUUUAUUUUUCACGAGCCGACGUUUCGAGGACCGUCAUCUGUCUUCAUCAGGGCAAUUCUGACUGGAUGUUGCUUGGUGCAUAGUGAACUAAUAGUAAAGGUAACAGUGCACUGUGAAGUAUGUAGUACCUUUAGUGCACUAUGC